UUACUCUAUGAAAGCUUCAGCUAAAGUACUAUUUGCAAAUCAAACUAGUGAACUUGUUGCUAUUUAUGGUGAAUUGAGUAGUAUUCAUGGCAAAGUAACAAGAGUGGUAAUAAUUUUCAGAAAUACAACGUGAGACAUAUUUGAAGGAAAAAGGCAUUGUUAGGUCCAUGGAAAAGGUAGAAGAACCAAAAAGAAAAAAAAAAAAAAAAAAAGAAAGUCUUCCAGUCUUCAAAAGUCUGCUAUGAACUAUGCCUAGGACAGGACAAGAAGAAAUCAGUUUAUUUGGAAAGCAAAGUAUUUUGUUUGGUUAUUAAGAAAAACUGACAUUAAAGGCAGUGAAGUAGGCCAGUACUUCAGUAUAUGAAGGGUAUAGUGGGAUUUUUUAGGAAAUUUCAAAACGUGUCAUAGACAUGUUCUAUACAUAAUGAUCUUGUCUCAAAACAAAUACAAGUCCUGAGAUUUGUUACAGAUCUGAAAAUCUGCAAUUACAUGAAUUCAAGGUGACAAAUAUACUGCACAGAUCCAGUUUAAAGGGAAGUAACAUAUCUUUGUUUAUCAUACACAGUUAGUGAUGUUGGGUAGUCUCCUGCUCACCAGCAGAAUACUUGCUUUUCAUCUCCAAGGUGUGGUACCAGUAUCCUAUAGAUAUUUUAUAUUAAUGAAUUUACUUUUCCUGGUAUAAGUGAACAAAUUUAGAGCAUAUACUACUGGCCUAGCCUUCAUAGUACAAAAAAAAAAGUAUUUUAAAGGCUGGAAGUUCGAUUGUUUUGAAUAAGACAAAGAGAGAGUUAAGUAUUUUAAGAGCCAGAAAUUACUUGUUAUGUAUUUUUUGAUGGUCCUUUUUUGCAAAAUGAGACUCUGAGCUAGCAGCACUCCUGAUGAAUAGUAUUUUCUAUUGGAGUCUGGAAAAAUGUUUCUAGUGGUAUGCUUCUACACAGAUUUCCUGAUUAAAUGCCUCCUAAAACCAUACAUGGAGGACCAGAUGUCUAUGCCUUUCCUGUGCAUCAAUGGCGCACUCGAAUUAAUGAUCAUCCUUCCUUUUAAAUAUCGCAUUUGUUUUAGCUCUAACUUUAAAGCAAUUGUUUCAAUUCUAUCAACAUCUCUUAUGAAGCACUAAGCAAUGCUUUCACAUAGGUAGUAGAUGUGUGUGUUUGUGGCUGGUCUGUAAAAGCAAUAAAGUCACAGAAGAAGCCAAAGAAGUAGCAGGGAUGCAAUUUUUUGUCUUUUAAGAGAAAUACAUUAAUUGAGUUAGAAGGGCCUAGACCAUGCAGUUUCCUUCUAAAAAAUGUGACUUGGACUGUACUUCAGCCAUUCUUUAAACUUUUAAAGAGAAGGAAAAGAGAAGAGAGAAGAAAACAUAUUGAAACCCUAAGCUAUCCUAUAUUAAUAAAGACUGGAAAAGAAAAUAGCAACAAUGUUAUGGGAGGCUACUGACAAUAAACCUUGGAUUAAUGUACUUUGCACACCAUCAAAACCCAAAACACUGUAUCUGCUAUGCCACCUGAAGACUGUGCUAAUUAAUUCUAUGAUUAGGAGUAGCAGACCUGAUAUUUUAACUUUUUUUUUUUUUUUUUUUUUUUUUUUUUUUUUUUUUUUGUGGCUAGACAUGGCACUGAACAGACAAUGCCACAGAACUCCUAACUUUGUAAGAGUUGCUGUCAUAGUUCUUAUGUCACAGCUUGUGGUAGUUCUGUAGCAAUGUAUUUCUUACCAGUGCAAAGACAAUUAAUUUGCAAUAACAGGUCAGCCAGAAGAAAUUUAAUCAAAGUGAUCUGUGAAACAAUGUUGCCUCCUUGGCUUGGGGCAGGCUGUAGAACUGCUUAAAAUUUAAAAUUUAUGCUGUCUAGAUCACAAAGGCAAACAGAGUAUUGAUAAUCUUUUUUAUUUACAUGUAUCCAACAUAAAAUGGCUUUUGCUUGCACACAGUAUAUUAAUUUACAGAAGUCAUAGAGGAUACAGGCAUAUGAAAGCUUUUCAGGUACAACAAGAAACCACAAGCAAGAGAAUUAAAAUAAACUAUUCCAUGUAUAGAGCAUAAUUUUACAAAGACAAUCUCAGCUGCUACAGACUCAAGGUCAUGCUCUAAGAAUAGCCACUCUUUCUGGGAGAGUACUUCACAAAGAACAGUUUCUUGCAGUCCUUCAAAUGACAACUUCCUUUGUUUAUCCUUAGACCCAAUGCCCUGUCCUCAUCAUCUCUAGCUCUGCUCUGAACAGAGGUAUUUCUUAACAUUACUGGUAGAGUGAAUUACACAAGUGUGACUAACUUUUAUAGUAGAAAGUCACAUUUUUGUAUCCUUGAAAUCAAAUGUACUGAAAGACUCUUGUGCCCUGCAUAAUUAAUUUAAAUUCACAACCUACAAGUUACCAAUGUUGAAAGACCCACAUUUAAGUUUAAACUGUUGCUAAAAUACUCUGAGAAUUCAAAAAGAACCAUUUAGACAACUGUUCACUCUUCCCCUUAUUUUCAUUUUCCAUCCAUAUAUUUCUCUAAUUUCACACACACACACACACACUGGUGGGGCCAUAAAUUUGGAGAAAUUGGUUCCAGGUUAAAAACCAACACUUUGGAUGUGAAAUCAAACUAACUGAAAUUGGGCAGCCAAUAAACAAAGGAAAUUCAGAGUCCUAUCUGCAAGCACUGUCAAUUGCAAACAGUAUUUGGCUUAUGAUCCAGUGGUAGAAGUGCAUGGAUGAAAAAUACUUCAAAAAGGAAACCAGUGGCUAUAAAAAAAAAAAUUGGACACAAUAUUUUAUUUUCUCCAGAUUCCUAAAAUUUAAAGUAAUACCAAUAGCAAAGUUUACAUUUUCUUUUUGUAACUACCUCACCGAAAUGAACAAAUACAGGAAGUCUAUUAGAUAUCCCCAGCAAAGUCUUUAUAAUAAAAGCAGUGAGGAUACCUGGUAUUCUAACUAGAUCUUUGAAUGUGAGGGUUACAAUCAAGCUCAAGUUCAAAAAGACCUAUUAAGUAUCUGCCAUUACAGUAGCUGAAUCCACUGCUAGAAGAGGUCAAAAUCUAAAAGUUGGUCUUUCAUAAGAAGGCAAGGAUCAAGCUGUCAAUUCUUCUGCCUUCUUUUCUUUCUCUUGACAUGAAGAUCAAAUAGUAUUGUAAUGUCUGAAGCAAUUAUUAAAAAAUAAAAAUAAAAUGGAAUAGAGAAGUUAUGAUGGAUGAGGAAUCUUUACGCCACAUUAUUUAAGACCUGCUUUAAUGCUCUGUACUAUAUUCAGCUCAGGUUGCCACAUCCAUAUAAAAGCCACCAUUUAAGCAAGGUGUGAAUAGCAGAAAAAUAAUUCUUCUAAAAGUAGGGCAAUCUUAGCAGUAAUCUUUCAAGACCAGAAAUGAAAGAUUUUGUGAUUUGCCCUGCCAUAUCAUAUUUGAUAUUUUUGUUGUUUUUAAGAUACUGAGCCACCGAUCACUAUUAGCUCUGACUGGGACAUUUUAUUUGUUAAAACUAAUUUAUGAGAUCAAGCUAAGUCCACAAAUACUUGUUGUAAGGUACCAGGAUGAAAUAAGUAAAAUCCCAUCAACAAUUAGAGUUCAAGGCAAAAGCAGUUAAACUGGGUAAGAAAAAAGAGAGACUUUCCCAUCGUGCUCACAACUAACUCUCCAAGGCAGUAAUUUUUGACUGGUGUAAUAUAAGGAAAACAAAUGGUAAAACACUAAGAGAACUGAAAAACAUUGAGAUUCACUUGGGAAAAAUAAUCUCAAGUGUUACAUGAGAUAAACUGAAACAUAUUCCAGAAUGCAUAUAGAACACAACGUGUGGUCUCUGACUAGCAGUUACUAAGUUAUAGAAAACAAAUUUGAUGGACAAAGAUUGGAAGUGACAACAGAGAAAGAAGAAACUUCUAUCUAGAGAGGUCUUAAAUGUAAACAUAUGUAUUCUUAUUGGAGAAAGGAUGAUAAUAGAACUACCAAAGAGAUCCAAACCAUUUAUUUUUUACUUUUUUUACUACUAUAAGUGAGUUGCUUAAAAUUACUACAUUGUACUCCUUUCAUCUCUAAAGUUGAAUAGUUGAAUAGUUUUUUUUCUUUGCUUCUGUUUAAAAUCUUCUAGUGUCCUUUACAAGAAACUGUUGUAGAACUACAAAGUAACACCUAUAUCUAUUGCUUUUAAUAUAUAUUCUUUCAGAUGAACUCACACUGUCCUGGAAGCGUAUUUGUCUUAGAGAACAUCUGCAGAUGCUUUGAAGAAAGUUUAGGAUAAAUCAAACUGUGGUAGCAACCUGCAAAAGAGUGUUAGAAAAUAUUUGGUACAGAGGAUAUGGUACAAAAAUAAAAAAAGGAUGGAUAUGUCGCAGACAGCCUUUUUUCAUUCUCCACAACCACCAUUAUGACUGGGAGAACUUAGCAACACUGAAGUGGUGCAAAUGCUUUGAAUCACCUUCAAUAUUUUAGUGCAAGAGGCAAAGGAAACAUAAUUAACUAUUCUUACUUCACUUCUUCUGUGACAAAAAUACUUCUUGACUCAGAACACUGCAGUAUCAGUAUUGUUAUUUGACAUAGUUUCAUGAGCUUAAUACUGAAUUUUGACAGCUGGCUAGCAGGGGUUAGGAAGUUAUAUGUUCGGAAGUUAGGAAAUGUUAUCAUUACAAGUAUGUACACAAUAUUAUUUCAGCCCUUUGAUGUGAGUAGUACACAACAUCUGCAAUUGUAUGCUUGUGUAUGGUUUUCUUCCUGCAACAUGUGCCUGAAUCAAGGACAGAGAAACUAUGACAACCUCUAAAUAGACUGCCUGUAUAAUGAACGGAGCUUAUUUCCUAAUACUCCUGCUUAAUUUACUGCUAAAGUUUUAAGGCAUGUGAUGAACAAGACAGAAAGAGAAAGCUGGAACUAGGGUUAAAGCAGAUGAAGCAGAUAAACUUGAUCCUGGAGACUUAAGAUUCUACUCCUGUCUCUAAGCUCCUGUGCGACUGACUUUAAACCAAAUUUUUACAGUUGGUCCCCAGUCCACAUCUUGUCUCAGGUCCCUGGGGUUCAGAGCUAUGUUUAGGUGAACCCCUUCAGAAGUAGCAUCCUUGAUACUCUGCCAACAUAAGGUCAAACUUCAAAUUUAGUCAGGAAACUAUAGUUUGCCUAAGAAACCUUUAGACCCUUUUUUAUAAUAAAUCUCCUAAUCAGAUUAUUGACAAUGGUUGAAGUUCUCCCAAAUAUCAUAAUGUGAUAGACUAACUAGCAUAAAACUCACACAAAAAUGCCUACAAGGAGGAAAAAAAAUAAGAGAAGAAAGGGAAAGAAGAAUCUCCAAUAGAAAGUAGGAGAAUAUCUUUCGUCAGUCAUGUUAUAAGCCACGCCACUGUUGUAAGUAACACUUAAGCACAGAAACUUAAUACAAAUAUUUAGUAUGUAUAUGGAUGGUACAGCCAUAUUCCUAAAUAAAAUGAAUAAUCAGAUUAGGACUUCAUGAUGGCAUUGGCCCAAAAUAUUGAUGGGUAUUUUUAGAAUGGAUUCUUUGCCCCAGUGCAAUCUAUGGAUUACAGAAAACAGCCUUCAUUUUCAGGACUGGGAAUAAUUUCUCUGUUGGAGAUUCUUUCUACCAGUAAACUCUUUUUUCAUUUACACUUCAAUUACACCAUUCUUUAGAAGUGUUCUGUGUUCCCUUGACACCCAUCAGAAUAUGGAAGAUUUCAGUUUGGAACCCUGCUAUAGUCCCUUAUGUCCCACCUCACCACUAUUUGCUGUGUGGGCAAAUCCUCUGGACCACACCUCCAGGUCUGCAAAAUGAGCAAGAUUCAAGCAAAGCAUAAAUUCCUUCUGUGAGAAAUAGGAUCAAGACAGCAGAGAAUACCACACUCUAGAGACAUCACAAUUUAGAUGAAUUAUGGUUCCAUUCUUCUCAAGUUGCAGUUACUACUCAAUUUGCAAUAGCUUGGUGCUCCAAACUGUGAAAAACAAAAACAACAAACGAACCAACUAAGAAAAACUCCAAAAGCAAAAAAACACAAACUAACCAAAUGAAAAAGCCCUUCCCAAACCCAACCUCCCCUAAACCCAACAAAGAAACCCAAAAAAAACCCUGAAGAAAAAUAUUUUACUUUCCAACUUUGUUCACUGAUGAACUUGUCCAACACUAAUGAAUCUCAGACAAGGAAUACUACUAAUUUGUUAUGGUGGUCAAAUCUGGUUUUGAAGGAAAAUUACAGUGAGAAAGACUUGCUGUCUAUGUAUGUCUAUGUAUCUCUGUUGAUGAGGCUGAAAUUGUUAGAGUCACUGUCUUCUUCAUGAAAAAACUAUCAUUAUUCUAAGAAGGAAAUAAAAAUUUAGGCUUUGCACUUAUCCUCUGAAACCUUUCAUAUAAUAUCCAAAAUUUAAGGUAAUUACACACAUUGAAAAGUCAUAAGAAAGUCCUGUAACACACCAUGAGUCCGUAUGCUAUCUUUUGACACUGAACUGCAAGUAAAGGUGUGUUGACAUGAUUUCCCACAAUAUCAAUGAUGUGCUGAUUUCACAGUCACUGCAGCACUAUAAAGAAACAAAAGGAAAUGGUAUAGUAUUUUCAUACGGGCCCUAUCAUCUUAAUUUUAUCUCAGAAUAUACUACACAGUAGACAGACUUGAAAGCAGUAAUUCAAAGGAAAUUUAAAACACUAUUGUAUAUGUGACUGAAAGCAUGACGUUGAAAGAUGUGAAAUUUUAGAAAAAACUUGGAGCUUGUUCAGUCUGAAGACUAAUCAUGUUAUGUAUUCAAAUGCCACCAGUUAGUUAUUUUAGUGCUGAUCCUAUAAGCAGAAGUGUCUUACUCCACAGUGUUUAUCCUGUAACCCCUAUUGUCAACCCAAGAAUCAGAACUCCCAACAGCCAGCUUGCCUCCAGCCAUCUUACCUCCUCAUCAGCUUUCAAGAGGCUGUAAUAUACUGCCAAUACAAAAGACAUUGGCUUAUAGACAGGAGGAAGGAAAAAAAAAGGUUUAAAAAUGCUGGAUCAAAUAUCAAGCAAGAUAACAACGGAGUAACUCCAUGAAGCUUUAUUCGUUUUCAUAUAAAAUUACUUAGAGUCUUUAAAAAUAAUGUAACUGGAAGCUAUUAAUGAUUGUGCUACACUUAAGACGAUAGAUCAGAGCUUAGAUUUUUUUUUUUAAUUGAUAUAGGCUAUUGUAAAUGUAAACUACUCAUUCAGUGCAUAUAGAAAUAUAUCCUCCAAGUGCCUAGCCCCAGUUUAACAAAAAAAAUCGUUUUCCAAAGUAGUACGGAAAUCUGGUUUAAAGUUUAGUUGAAUGGCCAUCUACCUACUCUAAUACUUUAAUAAAGCUGGAACCAUUUAUAAUCUGUGAUUCACUUCGGAGAAACUGCACACUGAAGAUCAGACUUGUAAAGGGCAUGGUAUAUCUUUAUUCCAGCAGGUGACCAUGCCUUUUGCAAGCUAAGGUUGCAGCACUUUAUUUUUGAUAGGUAUCAGCCUGCUUUGACCCUUCCCUCCUUCGUGUGUGUAGAGGUGGUUGUGAGGCUCUGAAGGCUUUCACCACGAGGGGGCUGUGUGAACACAAUUUUUUGGCAACUUCUUGGCCCUUCCCUGGUUCAAAAGGGCAUAUGCGUUUUUAUGUACGAUAAAAUGUGACUUUGAAAUAAUUAACAAGGUUUUACUUAUCUCUCCCCUUUGACAGAAAACGCACCAAGUCAUGGUUUAAUUAGUCCCGUGAUUUUUUUUUUUUUUUUUUUUUUUUUUUUUUUUUUUUUUUUUUUUAACGACCAUAAAUUUCUCAAAAUCUUCUUUGGUCAUGGUACUUGUAUAAAAACCCCAAAAUCCCGAUGAACGCAAAAUCCUUUUGAAUUGUCAUUUAGAGCCUCAAACAUGCCCUCAAAGAUCGAAACUAAUCCUGAUGAAGAGUGGACACUGCAAACCUGUUCAUAAGCCGACACAUAUUAUGCCUAAGCAAGGUAUCCCGCAAAUACCCAGAAAACAGUAUUUCACGGAAACAGACAUUGAGAUAUAUUAUGUCAGGUUUUAUGAAAAUCUAGUUUUGAUACUAAUACAGAUAAUUUACCCUUCUCUCUUCUGACAGGCAUAGGAAAUACACAAGUAACAGAGAUGCCAAAAUAUGGUAACAAGCAUGGGAAGUUGGCAAUUCCCGAGGACAUGCCGUUCAUUACAGCAAGCUUACUGUGAGUUCAGUCCACAGCAGAUGCAGGAAAAAUCAGGAGGGCAGACGGCUACCUCCCCUCUUCUCUCAAUUUUUCUCAGCUCCUGCUAGGUCAUCUGAGUGUUCAGCUACUCCAAAAGGGAGCAGAAUGUUCUAUCCGUGUUUCACAUCGCCUGGAAAGUUCUCCUCAUGCUCACUUUUUAACGGUCCGGUCGUGUUUAAAACUCGUGUAUGAACCUCGUGUUUACACGGCGCCUGACGAGGGGAGCCGGUUCUGACCGCACUGGUGACCCUCAGCGCCUUCUCAGGCCGGACACGAGGGACAGCCGCGCUGGCCUGCCCGUCCCCGCAGGUGAAGCCCGGCGGCCCUCAGCCCUUCCCCCGACCGAGCAGCCUGUGCGCCGCGGGCCGGCUCGCCGAGAGGCCGGCGCUCCGAACGGUCAGAAGAGGCAGAAGUGGAUGUGAGAGACAGACACACACAGAGACACAGAGAGCGAAAGAGGGCAAGAGACUUGACUUUAAGAGACUCCUGCACUGACAACUCCAUGCAGUUCGGAACAAGAACGGCAGCGACCGACUCUGGUUUCAUGGGGACAUGGCAGAACACUGACACUAACCUCUUAUUCAGAAUGUCCCAACAGGCCAUCCGGUGUACACUGGUAAAUUGCACAUGUGAAUGUUUUCAGCCAGGGAAGAUUAACCUGAGAACCUGUGAUCAGUGCAAACAUGGCUGGGUGGCACAUGCCUUGGACAAACUUAGUACUCAGCAUCUCUACCACCCAACCCAAGUGGAGAUUGUGCAGUCCAAUGUUGUGUUUGACAUCAGCAGCCUGAUGCUCUAUGGUACUCAGGCUGUGCCUGUGAGACUGAAGAUCCUGCUUGACCGACUCUUCAGUGUACUGAAACAAGAGGAGGUGUUGCAUAUUCUGCAUGGCUUAGGCUGGACUCUUCGAGACUAUGUUCGAGGCUACAUUCUUCAGGAUGCUGCAGGCAAGGUGCUGGACCGCUGGGCCAUCAUGUCCAGGGAAGAAGAGAUCAUUACCCUUCAGCAGUUCCUGAGGUUUGGAGAAACGAAAUCUAUUGUGGAGCUGAUGGCAAUUCAAGAAAAAGAAGGGCAGGCUGUGGCUGUGCCAUCUUCAAAGACAGAUUCAGAUAUAAGGACUUUUAUUGAAAGCAAUAAUCGCACCAGGAGCCCAAGUCUCCUUGCUCACCUGGAGAAUAGCAACCCUUCCAGUAUUCAUCAUUUUGAAAACAUCCCGAAUAGCCUUGCAUUCCUGCUUCCAUUCCAGUACAUAAAUCCAGUCUCUGCUCCACUGCUGGGGCUGCCUCCAAAUGGCCUCCUUCUGGAACAGCCAGCAAUGAGGCUCCGUGAACCAAGCCUUACAACACAAAACGAAUAUAAUGAGAGCAGUGAAUCUGAAGUUUCCCCUACACCUUUCAAGAACGAGCAAGCAUCCAGCAGGAAUGCUUUGACCAGCAUCACAAAUGUGGAGCCCAAAACUGAGCCAGCCUGUGUCUCUCCUGUUCAAACACCUACGCCAGUCAAUGAUUUAUCAAAAACAGAACACACAAAAAGCUCAUUCCGAAUUCACAGAAUGAGGAGAAUGGGGUCAGCCUCCAGGAAAGGAAGAGUGUUUUGCAAUGCAUGUGGCAAAACUUUCUAUGACAAAGGCACUCUUAAAAUCCACUACAAUGCUGUGCACCUGAAGAUCAAGCAUCGAUGCACUAUUGAAGGCUGCAAUAUGGUCUUCAGCUCUCUCAGAAGCCGCAAUCGCCACAGUGCUAAUCCCAACCCCCGCCUCCACAUGCCUAUGCUAAGGAAUAACCGCGACAAAGAUCUAAUCCGUGCUACAUCAGGUGCUGCCACUCCUGUCAUAGCAAGUACAAAGUCCAACCUAACUUUAACAAGCCCUGGGCGUCCACCGAUGGGGUUUACCACUCCCCCUCUAGACCCAGUACUACAGAACCCUCUUCCCAGUCAGCUGGUCUUCCCAGCUUUAAAGACUGUCCAACCUGUUCCUCCUUUUUACAGAAAUUUACUUACUCCUGGAGAGAUGGUGAGUCCUCCAACCUCACUCCCAACCAGUCCCAUAAUACCAGCUGUGAGUGGCAUGGAGCAGCAUCCCCCUCCUCCUUCAGAGUCAUCAGUACCUUCAGUGUUAAUGCCCACCCCAGAGCCCAGUGCAGACCUUGCCCCCAAGAAGAAGCCAAGGAAGUCAAGCAUGCCAGUUAAAAUUGAAAAGGAAGUUAUUGACACUGCUGAUGAGUUUGAUGAUGAAGACGAAGAGGUGAAUGACAGGAGCACGAUGGUGAAUGACAUUGGUCAUGACAAUCACUGCCAUUCUCAGGAGGAAAUGAGCCCAGGCCUGUCUGUGAAAGACUUUUCCAAAAGUGACAGAAGCAGAUGUAUAUCCAGACCAGACAUAAGAAGGGCAGACAGUAUGACAUCUGAAGACCAGGAGCAUGAGAGAGACUAUGAAAAUGAGUCAGAGUCAUCAGAGCCUAAAUUGUGUGAAGAAUCCCUGGAAGGUGAUGAUCGCCUCCACGAACCUGGUGAAAAAUCUAUGAUGCACAGUGACCGACCAGAUGAAAACCACAAUGACUCUUCCAACCAGGAUGUCAUUAAGGUGAAGGAAGAGUAUACAGACCCUACAUAUGAUAUGUUCUAUAUGAGCCAAUAUGGACUGUACAAUGGAGGCAGUGCCAGUAUGGCUGCUCUUCAUGAAAGUUUUGCUUCUACAUUCAACUACAGCAGCCCUCAGAAGUUCUCUCCAGAAGGUGAAAUGUGCUCCAGCCCAGACCCCAAGAUCUGCUAUGUUUGCAAGAAAAGUUUCAAGAGCUCCUACAGUGUGAAGCUUCACUACCGAAACGUUCAUUUAAAAGAGAUGCAUGUCUGCACAGUGGCUGGCUGUAACGCUGCGUUCCCAUCACGGAGAAGCAGAGACAGACACAGUGCUAACAUAAACCUGCACCGUAAACUGUUGACCAAAGAACUGGAUGACAUGGGCUUGGACACUUCACAGCCUUCUCUUAGUAAGGACCUCCGUGAUGAAUUUUUGGUGAAGAUAUAUGGCGCUCAGCAUCAGAUGGGGCUUGACAUAAGGGAAGACACCUCCUCGCCUGCUGGUACUGAGGAUUCCCAUAUGAAUGGGUACGGCAGGGGCAUGGCAGAAGACUAUAUGGUACUAGACCUGAGCACCACCUCCAGCAUCCAGUCCAGCAGCAGUAUCCAUUCCUCAAGAGAAUCUGAUGCAGGAAGUGAUGAGGGUAUUCUCCUGGACGACGUUGAUGGGGCAAGUGACAGCGGGGAAUCUGCCCACAAAGCAGAUGCCCCUGCCUUAGCUGUAGGUAUGGGCACCGAUGUCCCAGGAUCCCUCAUGUUCAACAGUGUUUCGGUGAGCAACGGUGGGAUAAUGUGUAACAUUUGCCACAAAAUGUACAGCAACAAGGGAACCCUCAGAGUGCACUAUAAAACAGUGCACUUGCGAGAAAUGCACAAGUGCAAGGUCCCUGGGUGCAACAUGAUGUUCUCCUCUGUCCGUAGCCGAAACCGGCACAGCCAGAACCCCAAUCUGCAUAAAAACAUUCCUUUCACUGCAGUAGAUUAGGUCAAGGAUGGACACAGCAUAAUGCCAGCUCUCAGAGAGGGCCCACUACAUCUGAACUGCCAUAUACAGUCUCCCUUUACAUAUAUAUACAUAUAUAUAUAUAUGUAUAUAUAUACACACACAUAAAUAUACAUUUAUAUAUAUAUAUUUUUUUUUUCUUUUUUAGCAAAAGAAAGAAACAUCAGGUGCUUUUUCCUCUUUGUUGGUUGUUAGGGUUUUUUUCCUUAUUUUUAAUAGAAGCAAAAACAGAGGACCUUUAAUCUGGGGGAAGAGAUGCUUCAUUUUAAAAAGAAAAACAAACAAACAAACAAACAAACAGAAAACCUGCAGUUGUUCCUAGUUCUGUUAGAAUGUUCAGGGUCAUCUCCAAAGAGACAGUUUUUUCUUCCCAUAACUUUUGCCUGAAAAACAAAAAGAACAAAAAGUAAGAAAAAAAAAAAAACACCUAAACAAAAAAAAAAAAAAAAAAAAAAAAAAAAAAAAAAGAGCAAAAAAACACACAAAAAAUCCCCCCAAAAACACAAAAAAAUAGCAAACAAACAAAACGAGAAAGAAAAGACAUUCUACUUAGUUGUCUUUGUGUUUUCUAAGCAUUGGGGAUAACGU